AUGAACCAUCAAAAUCGUAAUUUACCCAUUUAUGAUAGUUCACCCGGAGAUAUUGUAUCCCCUCAGGCUGUGGAUCCGGACCGCUGUGAACUGGCGCCUACACCGCUGGUCUUGGCGGAGAAGUUGAAGCGAAAGAAGGCUUACGAGUUCCUGUCCAACGCCUGGGCACCCAUUGCCAGUGUCAGCGGCAUCAGCAAGGAGGACUUGAUGGACCAAGCACGUCGCGGCGCCUUACCCGCAGGGGUUCUGGUCGCGAAGGGCGCCGUCAGCGCGGUGGAGAAGUUCUUGGAGAAAGGUCAUCUGUCCACGGCUGACCUCUCGAAGCGCGACGCCAUGGGUUGCAGCUGCCUGCACCGUGCGGCGCGCACAGGAGUGCCGGAGGCGGUGUGCACCAUCGUGAAGUUGGGCCAUUUCGAAGAAGAGGACUUCGUGGUCCCUGGGACUGGGGCUUUCAAAGAGUGCGGCUACCAUGUCACCUACCACCAGGUUGACCCGGGCCAGUGCAACAUCCCAUGCAGCAGAGGUCGCUUGCAUUACCUUGGCGUUCUCCGCCAGUGUGUGGCAGGGCUGCAUGGCGAGGGCGCACUUGAGCUCUCAUCGGUGUGGCCAUAUUUGGUUGAAGAGGGAGCGAAACGGUUGCCAAAGCAUCGCCUGGAUGCGUACCUCUAUGGCCGUCGACACGGACGGCUGGAGCGUGCUGCACCACGCGGCCUCGGCGGGGAGUGGGCCAUGCGUGGAGGUGGUCCUAUUGCAGCUGUGCCAUUUGCCGCAGGUGUCAGCAGCGAGGCCUUGGCGCUGCCGGACUCCUGGGGCCGCAGCCCGGCGCACAUCGCCGCGGAAGCCGAUGCCAUAGAGGUGAUCCAGGCUGCCGGACCAAUUUUCGCCAAGCAGUUUUCCCUUUUGACCACCAAAGCUGCGGGACAAGCACAAGAACCUCUCACCUGGAGAGGCGGCUAUCUCGUCCCCCUGCACAAAGGCAAAGGGUCUCCUGACGACCCCCGGUCAUAUCGGUCCAUUUUCAUUUCGGACUACACCGGCAAGUUGUACCAUCGUGCUAUCCGCACACAACUUGAGGCAAUCUGGGUCUCCAAAAUCACCGCCUUACAGCUCGGCAGCCGCAAAGGCAUGGGAACUGACUUAGCGCAUCACUUGCUCCAAGCACGGGUUUUGGCGAAACACCAAGCGCCGAUGCAUUUGACCAUGGGGCGGCCGGUGUUGCAAGAUGGCACCAUCACCUUGGUGCAACCGCGGGAGAUGUAUGGCAUGACCACGGGAAAGUCCAAAGGCAACGUCUCGGACUUCUCCCGCUCGCGCACCGCCGGAGCCAUGACGCACGUGAAGAGCUUGGGGGCCUCCUCGCAGGUUGAGGGUGAUGAUUCUGAGGACGAAGAAUUCUUCACCUUGGGCCGCGUGACACGGGUUUUCGGUGACGAUCAAGUGACCAUCAAACACAAGAGCGGCUUCCGCGAGGGCUGCGUGGAACUGGAGCGCUGUACUUUCAGCCCCACACCAAUUGUUCUGGCGGAUAGGCGGGGCAAAUUUGGUGCGGUGCAGGCACUCCUUGAGGUGGCCUGGCAGCCUUUCAUGGAGGCCGUGUCGGUAGCAGCCUCUGCCGUCGGCGCAGAUCCUGACCUUUGGGACUGGGAGGAGCUGGGUGCCCAGAUGCGCGAGGAAGCGCUGAAAGGAGCGCGGCCCAUGGGGGCUCUGCUCAUGGUGAAGUCGGAGGCCCAUGCUGUUUUGCUGAAGGAGCUCAUGGCAUCGCAGGUGAUUACGUCAGAGGAAUUGUUGAUCCAAGAUAUGCGUGGCCGCACAUGCAUGCACCGUGCUGCUGCCAGUGGACAAGCGGACGCCCUCUUGGCCGUGAAGGAGCUCUCUGGCGCAACACAUGAAGAUGUGGAGACAACAGACAUCCAGGGCCGUAACGUGCUUCACCAUGCGGUUUUGAGCGAUGACGCCGAGACGGUGCGCCUCGCGGCCAAGAUCAUCCCACGACCUCCGGAGGAGUUGGCCAUGGGCGAUAGCUGGCACAUGACGCCCGUGCACCUGGCGGCAAGCAUCAAUGGCUUGGAUGCGAUCAAGGUGCUGAUGGAGUUGGGUGUGCCAAUGGAUCGACACUUGGGCCCAAUGAAGUUAGAGGAUGGCACUGUGGUGUUGGUGCAGCCGAAGCCUAGACUGACGGCGAACGACAGCAUGACCAGCAUGAACAACACAAAUGUCACCAUCAAUCCCGAAGAGGAUGCGCCAUCGCCCUGGCAGUUGGCCAUGGUCCGUGGCGUGGCCGGGAGUGAUGUCACCGUGAAGUUCCCCGGGGGCAAGGAGCAGAAGGUCCCCAUCGAACGCUGUGAAGCGGCGCCUACGCCACAGGUCUUAGCGGAGAAGAUGCUGAAACAGGACGUGGCUGCUAAGCUGAGAGACAUGUUGAACCUCAGUGGAAAGAAGAAGCUGGGCGCCACAGGUGGCAAAUUCGUCCAAGCAGCUGGGGUUGUCUCCUUGAUGCGACCCUCGAGAGUCGUGGCAGACAAGGACAAGGCCGAGGUGCCGAAGUUGGCGCGGCAAGCCUCGAAUCCGCCGGCGGCACCGAAGAAUGUGAACCUGAAGAGGCUCAAAAAGGGAUGGGGCCUGAGGGAUUGGAUGCUAUGA